CCUCCGGGUGUCCUCACCCACCUUGUCUUGGACGAUCGUGGGGUAAAUAGUCCCCCAUCUCCACUCCCCACAUGGAUGCAUUCCCCUCCCAACAGCUCCUCAGGAGAUUCCAAAGUCCCUUCCCCCCCACCACCAACUUUUCUUGAUAUUUUAAUAAUUUUCCUGCCUCCUUUUUCCACCAUUUGUUCUAUAAAUUCCACCCUCCUCCCACUCUCCAAUUCCCUUUUCCCCUCUCCUCUUCUCCUCCAUCCAUCAGUUUGCGAAAGCACUUUUGUUCUGCUCCUCCCCUGCCUUGUUCCUCUCUCCUCUCCUUGCUAUUUUGUUCACCCUGCUUCAUCUGAAUUCAAACCUUUAACCCAACAGGCAUAUACUUUGUUCUUGCUCAUCCUCCACUUGGGUAACUAGAUCAGAUUCUCUAGGCCAGUAUUUAUAACUAGGAACCCACAAUCCCUGCAUCCUCUCCUCCCCCUCCAUCAUCCCUCGAAACUGGCCUCUUUAUAGCGGCCAAAGAGCAAAGACCCCUCUUAACCAAUUAAUCUGGAUCAAGCUUAGAUUUGUAGAUGCAGCACCUCUUCAUACUGGGUUUUCUAAUUAAUGUCGCCUAUCCCAAGUGAAAUCCUGCUCUUUGGGUUUAUGUUAAAUUCCACUCUUCAGUGCCAGAGUCACCUAGUUCAAUCCUUCUCUGUCGUGUUCCUUUACUGGUUCUAUGUUUUUUCGCGGUCUGAACUCUGAUCAUCUGGGCCCUGUUCAUUUCUUCAUAUACACCAUUUCCUAGCUUUACAUAGUAUAGCGUUCUCGGUGAUUUUAGCAAAUCGAGCACCCAAAGCACGCUAGAUAAAAGAAAUAAUCGAAACAUGUCAAGCGGUACUUCUUCUGGAUCAAGCUUGGUCCAGAACUCGGGGUCCGAGGAGGAACUCAAGGCCUUAAUGGAUCAAAGGAAGAGGAAGAGAAUGCAAUCCAACCGCGAGUCAGCCAGAAGGUCAAGGAUGAGGAAACAGAAGCACUUGGAUGAUCUGAUGGCCCAGGUGAACCAACUGAGGAAGGAAAACGGUCAAAUUCUCACUGCCCUCAACAUAACCACUCAGCAGUACAUUGGGGUCGAAGCGGAGAACUCUGUUCUCAGGACUCAGAUGGCGGAGCUCAACACAAGGCUGGAGUCCCUGAACGAAAUCCUUCGCUGCAUGAAUGCGAACAAUAUUAGCGGUAACGGGCUCUUCAGUGAUGGACCCCACUUCAACGAUAGCUUCAUCAACUCAUGGAAUCCUCCCCUCAUGAACCAGCCUAUCAUGGCCUCCAUGGAUAUGUUUCAGUACUGUUAGAAUGUCAAGGCCUCAAGGGUGCUCUUGUCUUCAUUUUUAUGUUCACUUUUUCUUUAUUUUGUUUGUUUUGUGAGUUUUAGACGUCUAUUAGAACUUUUCUCUUGGCUUAGAGAGUGAUGUUCUAGCGUAGAGUGGUCCGGAAAUGGGUUCCUGUCUGUCUAUGGUCCUAUUAUAUACAUAUGCAUUCAGACCCUUUUUAAGUGUAAUUGGACAUUAUAUGCAUGUAUUGGUAUUGUAAUCA